AUGUCAUCCACGCCUGUCUCUUCAUCAAGCUCAGCUGCAAAUGACUCGACCUUUACGGGAUAUAGCAGCAUGCUUGACAUGUGUGAUGGAGUAGCGGUAGUAGGUAUGGCCUGUCGGACUGCUGGAGGUGUUGAUAAUCCUGAGCAGCUCUGGGAGUUCCUCCUUUCUAAGAAGGACGGGUCCAGCGACAUUCCGCCUGCUCGCUGGGAGCCGUACUAUAAUCGAGACCCUCGAAACAAACCAAUUUUGGCCAGCGCAAUUACUGCAGGAUAUUUUGUCAAGGGCUUAGACGAUUUUGACCCUCAAUUUUUCGGUAUAUCUCCAAACGAAGCUAGACAAAUGGAUCCACAACAGCGCAUCUCGCUUGAGGUUGCUUGGGAAGCAUUGCAGAAUGCUGGGAUAACUGCAAAAUCAUUGAAGGGCACCAAUACAUCCGUCUUUUGGGGAGUGAACUCGGAUGAUUAUUCUAAGCUCCUCCUGGAAGACCUUCCGAAUGUCGAUGCCUGGAUGGGAAUUGGGACAGCAUACUGUGGAGUCCCGAAUCGUAUUUCAUACCACCUUGAUCUGAUGGGGCCUAGCGUUGCAGUUGAUGCCGCCUGUGCUUCCGGGCUUGUCGCUGUUCAUCAUGGAGUCUCGGCCAUUCGAGCCGGGGAAUCAAACAUUGCUAUCGUUGGUGGGGUAAACGCUCUCUAUGGACCUGGUCUCACCACCGUACUGCAAAAGGCUGGAGCUUUAGCACCCGAUGGUCGUUGUCGGUCGUUCGAUAAUGAAGCUGCAGGUUAUGGGCGUGGAGAGGGAGUAGGAGCCUUGGUUUUGAAGAAACACUCCCAGGCUGUACAAGAUGGCGACCAGAUUCUCGGCAUUGUCAAGGGAACAUCUGUGGCUCAUGAUGGCAAGACAAAUGGAAUCAUGGCCCCAAAUGCUGCAUCACAGGCUUUGGUUGCAAAGAAUGCACUGUGUGUGAGCAGCCUGGAAGCCAGUAGCAUUCAAUAUAUUGAGGCGCACGCAACCUCGACACCAUUAGGUGACCCAACGGAAAUUUCGGCUAUGAGCUCUGUGUACGGACUAGACCCUGCCAACCCGUGUUUCAUCGGCAGCAUCAAGCCGAAUAUUGGACAUUUGGAGGCGGGUGCCGGAGUCAUGGGCAUGAUUAAGGCUAUUCUUGCUGUUGAGAAAGGAAUCUUGCCUCCACAGGCCAAUCUCAAAACUCUCAGCAAUCGUGUAGACUGGAAGAAUUCCGGUCUAGAGGUUGUUCGGGAAAAGAUGGAUUGGCCGAUGACAAAUGAACGACGUCGAGCAGCCGUAUGUUCCUACGGAUAUGGGGGAACAGUAUCACACGCCAUUGUUGAGCAAUGCCCUGAAAUGUACAUUACUGGCACGCCGCAAAUUUCCAAGGAUGGUGAAAAAAACCAAAUGAUUCUGCUUGUGUCCGCCCCACACAGGAAGCGACUCCCUAUCAUUGCCGACACUCUGUGGUGCUGGAUCAAGUUGAAUGCAACCGAGGAGAAUCUGGCCCGUAUCUGCACCACCCUGGCAGUACGUCGAGACCAUUACCAGUUCCGCUUUUCAGCGGUCAUUGAAAAUGUGAAACAAGCUCUGCAAGCGCUUGACAGUCUCCGCCAAGGUUCAACCGAGAAGUGGAUGGUUGAAACCCGUUGUCUGUCCAAUGAUCACAGCAAGGAAACUGUGUGGGUAUUCUCUGGGCAUGGCUCUCAGUGGACCAACAUGGGGAAAGAGUUACUCCAAAAUAAAGACUUUUGCAAGGCAGUUGAGCCACUUGAUGACGUCGUGCAGAAAGAGAUCAACUCAUCUCCUGUCGCGUGGCUACAGAAUGGAGAUUUCCAGUCAACCGAUCGAGUCCAAAUUCUUACAUAUAUCAUGCAAAUUGGCAUCACUGCGGUUCUUCAAGCCCGAGGUAUCUUCCCAGAUGCAGUCAUUGGUCAUUCAGUUGGCGAGAUAGCGGCGAGUGUUGUUGCUGGUGCACUUUCGCCCGUCGAGGGUGUAUUGAUUGUCACUCGGCGAGCAGUCCUUUAUCGCCAAGUCAUGGGAAAAGGAGCUAUGGUUCUUGUUCAAAAGCCUCCUCGAUAUGUCAAUCAAGAUUUGGAAGACUACGAGGACGUGGUUGUAGCGAUCGAAUCGUCUCCAUCGUCUUGUGUUGUUGCAGGGUUGAAAGAGAAUGUGUCAUUGAUUGCCGAAAAAUACAAUGCAGAGGGUGUCAAAACAUUUCAUAUCAAAACGGAUGUCGCAUUCCACUCGCCUAUGAUGGUGUCAUUAGGCGAGCGUCUGCGUGGUGUUCUGUUGAAUACAUUGAGUCCAGCCGAGCCAACCGUCAAGUUAUACUCGACCGCCCUUUCUGAUACCCGGGGGCAAGACCUUCGAGAUUCCGAAUAUUGGUUGAAAAACAUGAUGAAUCCAGUGAGGCUUACUGAAGCCGUGGACAGUGCCAUCCAGGAUGGAUACCGGAUCUUUCUGGAGGUUUCGAGCCACCCUAUUGUGUCUCACUCGAUCACCGAGAUCUUGCUAGAUCGACAGAUUGAAGAAUUCUUCGUUGUCCCCACUCUGCACAGGGAUCAGCCAGCUUAUAAGAAUAUCCUCCAAUGUCUUACUCGGCUACACUGUGGUGGACUAGACAUUGAUUGGGCUGCACAAAUGCCGGGACCUUGGGCGCGUGGCCUACCAACGGGGCCGUGGCUUCACCAACCACUGCUACCAAAUGUCAAAUCCAGUGGUGGCAGUAUGGAAACACAUGAAGUCAAACAGCAUAAUAUUCUCGGACACCGAAUUGCAGUAGCUGGCACCGAUACUGUGGUGUUUGAAAGUCUCUUGGAUAGGAAUUCAAAACCAUUCCCCGGAAGUCACCCUGUUUCCGGCACCGAAAUUGUACCUGCCGCUUGUCUUUUGAAUACCUUUCUGAAGAUAUCAGACAGGAAGCAGUUGAAAAAUAUCGAUUUGAAAGUACCCGUUGCUAUCGAUAUUCCAAGGAAAGUGCAAGUCGUGGUUCACGGAAACCAACUCAGGAUCAUGUCACAGAUUAUUCAAACGGGUAAUUCUGAUGACUAUUCCUGGCUUACCCAUACCACUGCAACAUGGAGCCCUGGCGCUAGCCUGCGUAUGGAAAUGAGCGAUCUCAAUAUUUCGGAAUUUCGAACCAGAAAACAGCUGCUAGACAGUUUUGCAGUGAACUAUUUGUCUAGUGUGGGUGUUCCUGAAAUGGGAUUUCCUUGGAAAGUGAUUGAGCACUACGGUGAUGAAUCCGAGAUGCUUGCAAGGGUGGAUGUUGCCCCUGACAGAGAAUUGGUCGACUGGGAUCCAUCAUCCUGGGCACCAUUGUUAGAUGCAGCAACAUCGAUUGGAUCUUGCAUUUUCUUUGAUAUACCCCGCUUGCGAAUGCCGUCACACGUUCAGCAAUUCGAUAAACUGACGGAAAGAAUCCCACCAAAGAUGGCCUGGAUUCGUGUUCAGAGAGACCCAAGUAUGAAAUUCUGUUCACACAUUGAAGUCCUCGAUGAGCAAGGUGGUGUACUUGUGAGGUUCACUUCCAUGCAGUUCUCUGAAAUUGAAGGGACUCCAAGCUCAAGUACAGCAGUUGGUGGCCUGGUGCAUCGCGUUGCUUGGCCUCCAGCUACUUUUGCGGAAGAGCCUGUCCAAAUCGCACGAGUGGUUUUUGUUUCGAGUAGUGAUGGACUGGCGCAAAAAUAUGUUCAGUCAUUACCUGAACACAUCAGCUCUAUCCAAUUCUCAAGCCCUGCGGAUCUUGAGUCCGCUUCGACAAGCAUUUUCCGAGAGGGAACAAUCAUUGUGUACAUACCUGAUGAGGUGGAUUCCACUGAACAGGUACUUCAAGCUACCGAGAAUCACGCUUGGGAACUUGUCCGAAUCAUGAAAUUUGCUAUACAUUCAUCUACCGGGGUCCAGGUGUUCGUUCUGACAAAGGAUUUGAUGAAUUUCAAAUCAACAGCAUCACUUGCAAACUCUGCUCUGGUGGGCCUGAGCAGAGUGAUCUCAAGCGAGCAUCCCGAAAGUUUUGGUGGCCUUGUCGAUGGCGAGGAUCACUUGUUCCCUCUUACGACCAUAAAGUACGUACGAAAUGCCGAUGUUAUCCGAAUCAUUGAUGGAGUACCACGCAUUGCUAGAUUGCGCACUCUUCCGACGGAGUUGCGAACGCAGAAAGUAUCCAGCUCUCUUCCUCAACCUCGGGGGACCUACUUGAUUACCGGUGGCCUGGGUGCUCUUGGACUUGCCACUGCUGAAUUUCUUGUCCAGAAUGGAGCCCGGCGGCUCGUUCUUUUAUCCCGUCGCUCGCUUCCCCCGCGGACAUCCUGGGAUAACUGUCAAGGCGAUCUCAAAGCAGCAAUCGACAAGAUCCUAGACCUGGAGCAAAUGGGAGUUUCAGUUCAUGUUUUAUCCAAUGAUAUUGGUAUCCCCAAUGCUUCGAAGGAGCUAAAACAUUCUCUCGAACGACUGAAUCUUCCACCGGUUUUGGGUAUAGUCCAUGCAGCUGGGGUCCUGGAAAAUGAAUUGGUCAUUAGUAGUACUAAAGCCGCAUUCCAUCGAGUUUUCCUGCCAAAGAUUUCUGGUGCUCUCACCCUACAUGAAGUUUUCCCCCCGAGCUCAUAUGGAAGCGCAAACACUUUCCUCGAUGCAAUGGCCACCCAUCGCCGAAAUCUUGGCGAAAAUUCAAUUUCUUUCCAGUGGACCUCUUGGCGUGGAAUGGGCAUGGGAAGUGACUCUGAAUUUGUCGCUGCAGAACUGUAUGGCAAGGGGAUUACUGAUAUUACUUGCAGCGAGGCAUUCCAGGCCUGGAAUCAUCUCGCACAGUACGACUUAGACCAUGGAGUGAUUCUUCGUACGCGUCAAAUGGAUUCGAAAGAGCCGCUUCCUUCUCCUAUCUUACAUGAUAUCAUCGAUCGAACGUUGUAUGAUCAUGCUACUGGCAGUGAAUGUCCGGUGAUGGAAGCUUCCAGCAAACUACCGCCAUCGGGACCGGAGCUGACGACCUACAUUGAUGAGAAGAUACGCUCAUGCGUUGCUGGUGUACUUCAGCUUUUACCGAGUGAUGUCGACUCUCGAGCUGCAUUGAGCGAUCUUGGUCUGGACUCUGUUAUGAGCGUCACAUUCAGACGAGAACUUCAGAAAACUUUCAGGAUCCCUGUCCCCCCCAACCCUGGCUUGGAACCAUCCUACCGUAAAUCAUCUGGCUCGGUGGUUCGAAAAAAAGCUCAGCAUCACGAGUUGUUAAGCUUUGUUGAAAAUACAUAG